GUUGCUGCCACCACCCCUGCGCCUCCUCACGAUGGUGCUGGGGUGCCCUACCUAAGCCCAAAGCUAUUCAACGGGUCUGUUGGUGCCGCUGGACCCCUGGAACCACCAGCCAUGAACCUGUGUUGGAAUGAAAUCAAAAAGAAGUCGCACAGCCUCCGCGCCCGCCUAGAGGCCUUCUCAGAUCACAGUGGAAAGCUUCAGCUCCCUCUCCAAGAGAUUAUUGACUGGCUCAGCCAAAAGGAUGAGGAAUUGUCAGCUCAGCUGCCCCUACAAGGGGAUGUGGCCCUGGUGCAACAGGAGAAGGAGACGCACGCGGCCUUCAUGGAAGAUGUCAAGUCUCGGGGCCCCUAUAUCUACUCUGUGUUGGAGUCAGCUCAGGCCUUCCUCUCCCAGCACCCAUUUGAUGAAUUAGAGGAGCCUCGCUCUGAGAGCAAAGAUACCUCUCCCAGACAGCGGAUCCAGAAUCUUAGCCGCUUUGUGUGGAAGCAGGCAACGGUGGCCAGUGAACUGUGGGAGAAGCUGACAGCCCGCUGCGUGGACCAGCACCGCCACAUUGAGCGCACUCUGGAGCAGCUGUUGGAGAUCCAAGGGGCAAUGGAGGAAUUAAGCGCGACUCUGACUCAGGCCGAGGGAGUCCGAGCCACUUGGGAGCCCAUUGGGGAUCUCUUCAUUGAUUCACUUCCUGAGCACAUCCAGGCUCUUAAGCUAUUCAAAGAAGAAUUCUUCCCCAUGAAAGAUGGAGUGAAGUUGGUGAAUGAUCUGGCCCAUCAACUUGCCAUUUCUGAUGUGCACUUGUCAAUGGAGAACUCCCGGGCCCUGGAGCACAUCAACAGCCGGUGGAAACAGCUACAGGUGUCAGUUGGUGAGAGACUUAAGCAGCUCCAGGAUGCCCACCGGGACUUUGGGCCUGGGUCACAGCACUUCCUCUCCUCCUCUGUUCAGGUUCCUUGGGAAAGAGCAAUUUCACCCAAUAAAGUUCCCUACUAUAUCAACCACCAGGCUCAGACCACAUGCUGGGACCAUCCCAAGAUGACUGAGUUAUACCAAACCCUAGCUGAUCUGAACAACAUUAAGUUCUCAGCUUACCGCACUGCCAUGAAGCUACGCAGAGUCCAGAAGGCACUGCGUCUGGACCUGGUAACUUUAACCACAGCCCUGGAGAUCUUCAAUGAGCAUGAUCUGCAGGCCAGUGAGCAUGUAAUGGAUGUGGUGGAGGUCAUUCACUGCCUGACUGCCUUAUAUGAACGGCUGGAGGAGGAAAGAGGCAUCCUGGUCAACGUGCCACUCUGUGUGGACAUGAGCCUCAACUGGCUCCUCAAUGUUUUUGAUAGUGGUCGCAGUGGAAAGAUGCGGGCAUUGUCCUUUAAGACUGGCAUUGCAUGCCUGUGUGGCACAGAAGUGAAGGAAAAACUGCAGUACCUCUUCAGCCAAGUGGCCAACUCAGGCAGCCAGUGUGACCAACGCCACCUUGGUGUCCUGCUUCAUGAGGCCAUUCAGGUGCCUCGUCAGCUGGGGGAAGUGGCGGCCUUUGGGGGCAGCAACGUGGAGCCCAGCGUCCGUAGUUGCUUCCGUUUUAGCACUGGGAAGCCAGUCAUUGAAGCUUCACAGUUCCUGGAAUGGGUCAACUUGGAGCCCCAGUCCAUGGUGUGGCUGGCUGUUCUGCAUCGGGUCACCAUUGCUGAGCAAGUGAAGCAUCAGACCAAGUGCUCUAUCUGUAGGCAGUGCCCCAUCAAAGGCUUCAGGUACCGGAGUCUGAAACAAUUUAACGUGGACAUCUGCCAGACCUGCUUCCUGACAGGCAGGGCCAGCAAGGGCAACAAGCUUCAUUAUCCCAUCAUGGAGUAUUACACUCCGACCACAUCCAGUGAGAACAUGAGGGACUUUGCCACUACCUUAAAGAACAAAUUCCGCUCAAAGCAUUAUUUCAGCAAACACCCUCAGCGAGGUUAUCUGCCUGUGCAGUCAGUGCUGGAGGCCGACUACAGUGAGACGCCUGCUUCUUCCCCGAUGUUGCCACACGCUGACACACACUCCCGCAUUGAGCAUUUUGCCAGCAGGCUUGCUGAGAUGGAAAGUCAAAAUUGCUCCUUCUUUAAUGACAGCCUGUCCCCAGACGACAGCAUAGAUGAGGACCAGUACUUGCUGCGGCACUCCAGCCCCAUUACAGACCGGGAGCCAGCCUUUGGACAGCAGGCUCCGUGCAGCAUGGCCACUGAAAGCAAAGGGGAGCUCGAAAAGAUCCUGGCCCACUUAGAGGAUGAGAACCGGAUUCUCCAGGGGGAGCUGAGGCGCCUGAAGUGGCAGCAUGAGGAGGCUGCUGAGGCACCCACCCUGGCUGAGGGCUCUGCCGAGGUGGCACAGGACCACCGCAAUGAGGAGCUGCUGGCUGAGGCCCGGAUCCUUCGACAGCACAAGAGCCGCCUGGAGACACGCAUGCAGAUUCUUGAAGACCACAACAAGCAACUCGAGUCCCAGCUGCAGCGCUUAAGGGAGCUGCUCCUGCAACCACAUACUGAAUCGGAUGGCAAUGGCUCUGCAGGCUCGUCCCUGGCUUCCUCUCCGCAGCAGUCAGAAGGCAGUCACCCCCAGGAGAAGGGACAGACUACUCCAGACACUCAAGCUGCAGAUGAUGUGGGGUCAAAGAGCCAAGAUGUCAGCCUGUGCUUGGAAGACAUUAUGGAGAAGCUCCGCCAUGCCUUCCCCAGUGUGCGAAGUUCUGAUGUGACUACCAACACUCUGCUGGCCUCCUGAUGGAACCAGAUCCCCAUCCUAUAGUCCACGGUCCUCUCCCAGUUCUGGUCAAAGCCUUCCCUCAGCCUUCACCCAACCUUUCCAGUCCCCAAUGGCCCCACAUUCCUCAGCCGGAGUUAUCUGGGCUCCAGGCAGCAGCAGGGAUUCGAUGGUAUGCGAGGUGGGUGUGUGAGGGCCGGGGGAGGGAGAGGCAUGAUUCCUCUGACUCUAGAAAUGUGCCCUUUAAUCUUCAAGUUUGAGAUCAGUCCCUUAAGUACAAUUCUGUUGCAGCCCAGGCUAAUGGCACUUGGAGGCCAUUCAGAUGGGGAGCAGAGAAGCUGCCUUGCAGAGUGAAGCAGUGCCCAUUGGCCCCUUUCCAUUCUCCAUGGAAUGAUGGAUUUGGGGGAGCCUAAUGACCCGAGGGCUCCAGCACUGUGAACACACGGGACUUAGCCCUACUCUCUGGCCCAACACAGGGAAGUGACACUGAAGACACUCCCGCCACCCCACCCAAAGUGCCCCUGAAAAAGUCUGGGCAACAUGUGUCAUAUAACUUCAGCUCAAAGGCAUAGAUCUAGUCAUCCCGAUGCUACCUAGAUGCUGUUUCCUCCUUGAAUAUCUUCAGUUCCUUCUGCCUCAGUCCCUGGCAGACCUUUCUCAAGGCGGGAAACAGUUCAUUCAGGUUCCUAUUUUCACCUUAUAUUGGGAAACAUUAAAGAAAUACUUAUGGGCUUAGAUAUUUUCCCCAGAUCCUCCUCUUUCCUGAAAACCUCAGCAUCCCGAGAGACCAGCUGAGUUGCUCUGGGAACCCAGCUGAAGCCACCCUUGGCUCUUCUGAGUUGGCCUUCACAGCCCUGGGGGAGGGCUGGCAGCUGCUCAGCAAGGGGGUCUUCUCCUUGGGUGAGGAAGGGGAAGCCACCCUCUAGACUGGAGGAGCAUGACCACCCAACACCCUUUCAGGCUGUGACCCUUCUUUCUCUUAGGCUGAAUCAGAUGAGGUGGCUGAUAUCCCCCAGCUAGUCAGAAGGCAGAUGCAACAGGCCAUCCUGAAUAGUGGCCCUUUUCUAGUAUCCAGGGGCUACAGAUCAGGAAGUUGGCCACUUUCCACAGAGACAACAGCAAGGCCUUCCUUUGCAUAAAACCAUUCUUUCUAACUCUGGAAGGUGAACCCAGUCCUCAAACUGAGCUAACUCUUCCUAGGCAACAUAUACCAUGAUCCCUUUAUCCAGAAACU